UAUUACAAAUUUGAGCAGACUUCAGAUAUUUUAACAUCACUCUAAUUUACAUUCUGAUGUGCUUUUCACCCCUAGUCACCACUGAUGUCUUAUUAAUAGUUGUUUAUAGACUUCAAAAUACUUUUAAAUACUUAUUGACUUCCUCUCUGACCCCCAAUCUUUCGAUCUCCCUGAAGCACCACAGUAUUUACUUCUUAGCAUCGUUUAGGGGCAUUUGUGUGCCCAUGGGAAUAAGUUGCUCUUGUGGAUGUCAUCUACGAGGAGUAAAAGACUGAGAAACUUUCAUUAGAUGGAAAUGUCCCUGGAUGGAUGGAAGUGAGAAACGUUGUCCUGGUUCACCUCAUCCUCCCUCUCUUUCUUCUGAGGUUCUCUCACAGGUUCCCCUGCCCUGGCCCCAACCCUCAGUAUGCUAUCACUGUGUUACCACUCCUUGAGUUUCUGUCCUCAGUCCUGUUCUCCUGCUCUAGGGUCUCUUUUUCUUGGCAACUUUAAUGAUCACGUUAAACACUGCUGAAUCUUUAUUUCCAGGCUGAGUUCUAUCCUGAGUUCCAGCUGUAUUCAAAUUUUUUAAUUUUAUUUAUUUAUUUAUUUUUUGAUAUCUUCAUUGAAUCCUUUAUGGGAUGUUUGACAUUCAGUCCCUUCUGGCUAAACUGUAAAUCACUGUGGCAUGGGCCAUUAUCUUGUCUGAUAAUGUAUUAAAAAAUGUCCAUGUCAUUAAAGACAAAACUUAUAGGAGCUAAAGAGUCACAAUGGUGAAACACGAUACCUAACCUAGACUGGAUCCUAUCCUGGAGAGAGAAAAAUAUGCUGUAAAGGGCAUUAUUGGGUCAUUUAACAAAAUUGGAACAUGGAUGGUAGAUUCAAUUUUUUAAAAAUCAACGUAAUUGAAGUUGAUAACUAUAUUGAGGUUACAUAAGAAUAACCCUACUCUUAAGAAAUACACGCUGAAGCAUUUCGGGAUAAAGCGCCAUGAUAUCUGUAAUUAAUCCUGUAAGUAAUCUUGAAAAAAUAUUGUGUAUGUGUGUGUAGAGAGAGAAAGCAGUUGUGUGCACAUGCAAAUGAGAAAGCAAAUGGGACAAAAUGUUAACAGCAGGUGAAUUGGUAGAAUGUGUGGUGUACUAUCCUUAUUCUUGCAAUUUCUCCGUAACUAUGAAAUUAUCUCCAAACAGCUAAAACUUAAAAAAAAAAAAAGUGGUAGAGUUUGAUUUAAAGGUUACACGUUGUGUGUUUGUGUGUGUAUGUGAUGGUGGUUCAUUUUCUUUUUUAUUUUCAGAUAUUUUGUUGUAAGUUUUUUGGGAUAGAUGGGAGAAGAGGAACCAGAAUCUGCGAAAUGGCUGAUAAUUUGGAUGAAUUUAUUGAAGAGCGAAAAGCCAUAUUGGCUAAAGACAAAGCAGAAUUGGAAAGUGAUCCACCUUAUAUGGAAAUGAAAGGAAAGGCAUCAGAAAAGCUUUCUGAAAACAGUAAAAUAUUAAUCUCCAUGGCUAAGGAAAAUAUACCACCAAACAGUCAACAGACCAAGGGUUCCUUAGAUUUGGCGGACCUGUUGGUGCUGAGCAUAAGAGGUCUUCCAGAUCUGAUUGUUGCGUUUUUUGGUAAAACCAACACAGAACAGAUGAAGCAAAUAACCAUUGGUAGUUUUGACAUCGGCAUGAGCUUCAAUCAUGGUCUGCCAUUUUUUGACCAUGGAACACAUUUUGUCACGGGAAUUGAUUAUGGAUUAAGUUUACCACUUGGGGAAGACUAUGAACGAAAGAAACAUAAACUAAAAGAAGAAUUGCGGCAAGAUUAUAGACGCUAUCUUACUCAGAAAAAUUUUCUGUCUACGUGUGAAACAGAUCCAUCUACUCUGGGAGUUUCUCUUCCUAUUGGUGAGAGGUUAUCUGCCAAGGAAAGAUUGAAACUUGAACGCAACAAAGAAUACAAUCAGUUUCUCAGGGACAAGGAAGAAUACAAUGGAAAGUUCAGACAGAUAGAAAAGAGUACUGAGCCCAAGAGUGAAAGAAAUAAAAAUCCUGUUAGUCAAGUUAAGCCUGAUUUACCUUCACAAAUAGAAACAUCCUGCAAAAAUUCUGAGGGUCCUAGGAGAGAUGUGUUAAUUCCUUCAGAGGCAUAUGAAGAGCUUCUAAACCAAAGGCGACUAGAGGAGGACAGAUAUCGACAAUUAGAUGAUGCAAUUGAAUUGAGGAAUACAAGAAUUAUUAAAAAAACUAAUGAAGAAGUGGGCGUUUCCAAUAAAAGCCAUCAGCAGUUUGCAAACAAGACUGACAUUGCAGAUAGAAGAUUUUUCAGGUUUAAUGAGUAUCGUGCUUUUGAUAGACAGUAUAGACCAGAUCAUGAUCCUGAAGUAAGUGAAGAAAUGGAUGAGAGGUUUAGAUAUGAAAGUGAUUUUGAUAGAAGACCUUUGAGAGUGUAUACAAAUGACAGGAUAUACAGGAACAAACGAGGGGAUGUGCCUCCUAUGGAGUGUGAUGGUGAUUUCCCAGAACAGUCAAACAUAAGAAUUUCAUCUGCUGGAAAUAACAGCGCCCGAGACAACUUUCCCAAUGAACGAUCCAAAUCUGCUAAUUCUCAAGCUAUCUGUAGUCCAUUUGCAGGGAUGCUGUUUGGAAGUGAAGAUCGAGAACUUAUUCAGAGAAGGAAAGAGAAAUAUAGGCUAGAACUACUGGAACAAAUGGCUGAGCAACAGAAAAACAAGAGACGAGAAAAAGAUUUGGAACUCGGAGUUGCAGCUUCUGGAGUACAAGAUCCUGAGAAAUCGCCUGAUAGACUAAAGCAGUUUAGUGUGGCACCAAGACACUUUGAAGAGAUGGCACCACCUGAAAGACCCAGAGUAGCUUUCCAGACACCUCUCCCUCCCUUUUCUGCCCCAUCUGUCCCACCCAUUCCUUCAGUUCAUUCCAUCCCAUCUCAAAAUGAAGAUUUACACAGCGGACUCAGCAGCACCCUUGGUGAAAUGGUGCCUCCCAGGAUUGCACCUCUGCCUCCACCUCCCCUACUACCACCUUUGACUACUAACUAUCGAACUCCUUAUGAUGAUGCAUACUAUUUUUAUGGGGCCAGGAAUCCUUUGGAUCCCAGUCUUGCUUAUUAUGGUUCAGGAAUGAUGGGAGUACAGCCUGCAGCUUAUGUUAGUGCUCCUGUCACCCACCAACUACCACAGCCUAUUGUGAAUAUGGUUGGACAGAAUGAACUGAAAACUACAAGUAAUCAAGCAGUAAAUUCAGGACUGUUUUUUGAAGAUAAACCCAAGCCUUCAAAACAAUCACUUCAGUCUUACCAAGAUGCUCUCCAGCAGCAGAUUCGAGAAAGAGAAGAAAGAAGGAAGAAAGAACGUGAAGAAAAAGAAGAAUAUGAUGCCAAAUUAGAAGCUGAAAUGAGAACUUAUAACCCCUGGGGGAAAGGUGGAGGUGGUGCUCCUCUCAGGGAUGCAAAAGGAAAUCUGAUAACUGAUUUGAAUAGGAUGCACAGACAAAAUAUAGAUGCCUCCCAUAACCCAGAUGCAAGAACAUAUGAAGAUAAAAGGGCUGUGGUAUCUCUAGACCAAAAUUUAGCCACUUCAAAUGCUGAGAACCUAGAAGAUCCUGCAAAUAAAAACUCAGGUCAUUUGCAAACACAGAGCUCUCCUUUUGCUCGGGGAAAUAUAUUUGGUGAGCCUCCAACUGAACUUCAGAUUAGACAGCAAGAAUUAUACAAGAAUUUUCUUCGUUUUCAGAUUGAAGAAAAGAAACAAAGAGAGGAGGCAGAGCGAGAGAGGCUGAGAAUUGCAGAAGAAAAAGAAGAAAAACGGCUUGCAGAACAGAGGGCAAGAAUUCAGCAAGAGUAUGAAGAAGAACAGGAAAAAAAAAGAGAGAAAGAGGAGGAGCAAAGGCUAAAAAAUGAAGAACUAAUACGAUUAGCUGAAGAAAGACGAAAAGAAGCAGAAAAAAAGAAAAAAGAAGAAGAAGAAAAACAUAACUUGCAACUUCAGCACUAUUAUGAAAGAGAAUAUAUGAUUGGGGAAGAAACUAAGCACGUAAGACAGCCUUCUCCUGUAGUUCCUGCUCUUCAGAACAAACUUGCAAGCAGACUUCAAAGACCUCCUUCGGUUGACACCAUCAUAAGUUCCUUUAUUCAAGAAAGUUCUGUGUCCAGGGCACAGUCUCCUCCAGUACCUGCCAGGAAAAAUCAGCUCCGUGCAGAAGAAGAGAAAAAAAAUGUCAUUAUGGAAUUAUCCGAAAUGAGAAAACAGCUUCGUAGUGAAGAACGGCGUCUGCAGGGGCGGUUGCUGCACAUGGACAGUGAUGAUGAAAUUCAGAUAAAGAAAAGAGAAAGGAAUCCCAUGGAUAUAUUUGAUAUGGCCAGACAUAGGUUGCAAGCUCCUGUCAGACGCCAGUCACCUAAGGGCUUGGACCCCGCCUUUUUUCAAAAUAUUCAUGACUUUAAUGAGCUGAAAGAUAGAGAAUUGUGAGAAGAAUAGAACCUGGCAUCUGGCAGAAGGUGGACAGAGGAAGAUGAGCUUGUGAAAGACACUGAGAGGGAGAAGUUGGAGUGACUGGAAGAAAACCAGUAUCUUGAAAACUGAGGAAAGAGAAUGCAUCAAGGAGAAGGGAUCAUGGAAGAUAAGUAUUGGAAAGUGUCAGCUGUAUCAGCAGUCAUUGGUGGCUCGGCUAGGUCUUUUUAAGUGGAACAAUGGGAUAAGAAACCAGUUACCUUUAGGGUGAGGACUGAAAAGGAGGCAAAGUGUUGGAGGCAAGAAGCAUAAGACAACCUUUGGAAGAGGCUUGACUGUAAGGGAAGAGAGGGGGCAGGUGCUGGAGGAACUUGUUACAAUGCUUGUGGUGAAGAGCUGUUAGAGAAGGAAGAGGUUUAGGGUGUUGGAGAGCAAGGGGACUGUUGAAGAUUGCAGGGGCUCUGAGUAGGCAGGAGGAAAUCUAGGAGAUUUGAGGAAAGAGUAGUGAAGAUUUGGUGUGGCCACUAUGGAAAGCCGGGAGAAGGCUUAUUAGGGAAACGGGGUUGUCAGGCGCUAAGGUGUGGGACAUUGAGAGUGUGUGGAGGAGCCGGGAUGUGUUUCUCUGACUUUUCUUCAGGAGCUUUCAGGAGAGCAGGUGUUGGAGUGAAGGAGGCAAAUAUUUGAUUGUAUAACAGAUAAACCAGAAUUUAAAUAUUUAUGUUUCCUAUUUUAAAAGCACAGAAAAAUAGAAAGGGGAAAAAUCACUUUAGACAAACCACAUAAAUAAAAUCAUUUUUAACAUGUUGGAUAUUUCCCUGUCUUCUGAGUAUAAUCAAAACAAAAACAAAAGUCAGACAAAAACAAGCUAUGAAGUUAUGCGGUAUUCUCUCUUCUUUUCCAUUUGAAUUUAUAAGUAUUAUCAAUUCUAUAUAUCCUAGUUAUAUUUUAUGCUAUUAUUUAUUGAUGACUUGCUAUAUGCAGGCGUUGUAUUAAGCCCACGGAUCAUGGCUCCAGGGAUCCAUGGAGUCCUUUGAGAGGGUCAUGAGGGCAAAACUGUUCUUGUAAAAAACUUAAGACAUUAUUUGCAUUUUCCACUCUGUCUCGCAUGUGCGCAGUGGAGUUGUUCAGAAACUGCGUGAUAUGGGAUGACUUCGUUGUUAGGAAGCUAAUAGGAUAUGGGGUGUGCCUUCUUAUGUUUUAAAAAUUUCUGUUUUAAUUUCUCUUGCAGUAAAUAUAUGUGUGUGUGCAUGUGUGUAUCAUACAAAUAAAAGCUCUUUAUUGUCCUCAGGUUUUAAGGGUGUAAAAGGGUCUUUAUUGAGCUUUUUGUUUCCCUGUGUUAGCAUGUACAGUCCUUAUGCAGCAUUUUAUUUAGUUGAUUAGACUAGAUCUCUUGUUUACUAUGUACAAGGAAAUUGUGUCUAGAAGUCGUAAAGCCAGAGUCCAGCGCACAUUUGUGUCCAGAGCCUCUGCUGUUAAAUAGUGCACUUUGUUCUUACACGUUUUCCACAUCUUAGAUUUUCAAGGUAUUUCCAUUUUUCACUAUUAUAUUAUUUUGAUAAUUUCUGAUCAUAAAGGUUUUACAUAUUUAGGAUUACUUCUUUAAAUUAUAUCCCAGCAGUGUUAUUAGUGGGUCAAGGAAAUACUAUUUUUAAGGCUUUAUAUAUAUAUAUGAACUAUAUUUUUAUUUUCAAGAUUUAAAAAUUGAUGGUUAACAUUUUCAUUCUCAUCAUUUGGUAUUCUUGAACUUGUGGCAGAGUCGAAUUCCUAGACCUUCAUUUCCUCCAGUUGUGACAUCCACGCUAAGGUUCCAGCUAGUCUGCAUUUAUCUUGCUUUGAGUACAUUUACAAGGGCUAAAAUAAUACAAGGACCAAUAAUGCUGUUGUUAAAAAUUUCCAGCACGUUUUGGGGAUCAGCUGUGAUCACAGUGUCUCCUGGCCCGUGUGAGUAACAGCCAUGUGAUUAACCACUUGGAGUCUGCGGGUUUUCUUCAUGUACGAGGGCUUAGGCCUUCCAUAGUUGCCCUCCUUUGUGUUCUGUGUGGUGUCUCGGGCAGCAGAGAGGUGAGGAUGUUGAGUGCACUGAAAAGCUGCUGCUUGCUCUGGGGGCUUCCUUAUAAUGCUUUUAAGUUUAUGAAGGCAUUUAUUUAAAGAAUAUUAAUUUUGUGUUCUUUAGUUUUAUGCUUAUGUGAAAGACUUCAGUGAUGUUUCAUUAUUUAUAUUCUUCUUGAUUUUGAAAUAAGGUUAUUGGCAUGUUAUUUAGAGUGAAGUUUUCUAAAAUCUUAAGAUUUUAGAAACAAGAUUUAACUUAUUAGAUAUGUAACUUACAUCUUGCACCAGAUUCGGAAACACGAGUUGAUCUGAAAUAUUUGUACCCGGAUCCUCCAAGAGAUCAUCACACCCUAGAGAUACAGCAGCAGGCCCUGCUGAGAGAGCAGCAGAAAAGACUG